UUCACUAGGAUGGGCCCUCAUGGCAAUGAAUCCAGUGUCACAUAUUUUAUCCUAAUAGGCCUCCCAGGCUUGGAGGAGGCUCAGUAUUGGUUGGCCUUUCCACUGUGCUCCCUCUACCUUAUUGCUGUGCUAGGUAACCUGACGAUCAUCUACGUGGUGCGGACCGAGCACAGCCUGCAUGAGCCCAUGUAUGUUUUUCUGUGCAUGCUUUCUGGCAUUGACAUCCUCAUCUCCACCUCAUCCAUGCCAAAAAUGAUGGCCAUCUUCUGGUUCAAUUCCACUACCAUCCAGUUUGAUGCGUGCUUGAUACAAAUGUUUGCCAUACACUCUUUAUCAGGUAUUGAGUCCACAGUACUGCUGGCCAUGGCCUUUGACCGUUAUGUGGCCAUCUGUCAUCCACUCCGCCAUGCCACUGUGCUCACAUUGCCUCGAGUUAUCAAGAUUGGCAUGGCUGCAGUGGUACGAGGAGCUGCACUGAUGGCACCCCUGCCGAUCUUCAUCAAACGGCUCCCCUUCUGCCACUCCAACAUCCUUUCCCACUCCUAUUGCCUCCACCAAGAUGUCAUGAAGCUGGCCUGUGCUGAUAUCCGUGUCAAUGUCAUCUAUGGCCUCAUUGUCAUCAUCUCUGCCAUCGGCCUGGAUUCACUUCUCAUCUCCUUCUCCUAUCUGCUUAUCCUGAAGACUGUAUUAGGCUUGACACGUGAAGCUCAGACAAAGGCAUUUGGCACGUGUGUCUCUCAUGUGUGUGCUGUUUUCAUAUUCUAUGUACCUUUCAUUGGAUUGUCUAUGGUGCACCGAUUCAGCAAGCGGCGUGAUUCUCUCCUGCCUGUCAUCAUGGCCAAUAUCUAUCUGUUGGUCCCUCCUGUGCUCAACCCCAUCGUGUAUGGAGUGAAGACAAAGGAGAUCCGGCAACGCAUCCUUCGCCUUUUCCAAAUAACAUGUAGCAAAGACAUAACAUGGCUAAAAAAGUAAAAUAAAAUCACAAGAAAACAAUAAAACUAGAUUAUAUGGCUUAAAAUUAUGACGUUCUUUCUAGAUCCCAACUAUAUUGUGUUUUGGAAAAAUAGAAGUACCUGGAGUUCCUAAAAAUGACUUCCACUGA